GGCGCCAGGGCCCCAGGAUGAAGGACCGGCUAGAGCAGCUCAAGGCCAAGCAGCUGACUCAGGAUGAUGAUGCUGAUGAGGUCGAGAUUGCCAUCGACAACACGGCUUUCAUGGAUGAGUUCUUUUCUGAGAUUGAGGACACACGGCUCAACAUUGACAAGAUCUCAGAGCAUGUAGAGGAGGCAAAGAAGCUCUACAGUAUCAUUCUCUCUGCACCGAUUCCAGAGCCAAAAACCAAGGAUGACCUCGAGCAGCUCACAACUGAGAUCAAGAAAAGGGCCAACAGCGUCCGGAACAAGCUGAAGAGCAUGGAGAAGCAUAUUGAAGAAGAUGAGGUCCGGCCAUCAGCAGAUGUCCGGAUACGGAAGUCCCAGCACUCUGUCCUCUCCCGGAAAUUUGUUGAGGUGAUGACGAAAUACAAUGAGGCCCAGGUGGAUUUCCGUGAACGCAGCAAAGGGCGAAUCCAGCGGCAGCUCGAAAUUACCGGCAAAAAGACAACCGAUGAGGAACUGGAGGAGAUGUUGGAAUGUGGAAACCCUGCCAUCUUCACAUCUGGGAUCAUCGAUUCCCAGAUUUCCAAACAAGCCCUUAGUGAGAUUGAGGGACGGCACAAGGACAUCGUGAGGCUGGAAAGCAGCAUCAAAGAGCUUCACGACAUGUUCAUGGACAUCGCCAUGCUGGUGGAGAACCAGGGUGAGAUGUUAGAUAAUAUAGAGUUGAAUGUCAUGCGCACAGUGGACCAUGUGGAGAAAGCCCGGGAUGAGACUAAAAAGGCAGUGAAAUACCAGAGCCAGGCCCGCAAGAACCUGAUUUCACUCCAGCCUGGCGCGGCCUCCCUUAUCUUCAGAUGAGACUGGAGUUCUGAAUGGCCUUCCUGAGAGCGAGUGGGACCCGUGCCUUUGUUUCCUUGUAACCGUCCUUGGACCUGACCCAGCCAACAGUCUAGCCCUGGAGGAAUGUAAUCUGCCUGAUGCAACCCCAACUUCUCAAAAUGUCCUGCCCACCAGCUUUGAAGAACCUUCUCUCCUGGAUUGUUUGGACCAGCUCACCUUCUCGUUCCUCCCUCUGGUGUCAAAUUAGGCCUUGCACCUUGGAGAGCCUAUUUGAGAUCCUUCCAAGGUGCUGUUAUUUUCUACCUCAAGGAGUGUUCUCCCAGAUAUUACAAUGUAUAUGCAUUUUUGAGGGGAUUUAUCUAACAAAGCCAAGGGAUUCUUCCAGAUUUGGCCAUAGUAAAGCUUGGAACUGAGUCUUCUGUAUGGCAGGGGGCCAGUUCUUAUGGUUUGUCAUCUUUAUAUCCUUAAAUCCUGAGAGGCAUACAGAUGUCAUUUUGGUCUGAGAAGCUGACUUGAGAGAAAUGCAACCUUAAAUGCCUGGUAUGUUCAGCUUGG